AUGGUUGCACCUGAUUUCACUUAUGAAAGCUUGUGCAUCCAAUAUCCUGAUGAGGACGUACCAUUUGUUCUCAAGACUGGACUAAUCCAUUUGUUGCCCAAGUUUCAUGGCCUUGCAAGUGAGUGUACAAAUAAGCAUCUGAAAGAUUUCCAAUAUGUGUGUUCAUCAAUGAGGCCUCAAGAUGUUCCUAAAGAUCACAUCUUCUUAAGGACAUUUCCUUAUUCACUAGAAGGUACAACAAGGGAGUGGUUAUACUACUUAGCGCAUAGAUCCAUAACCAACUGGGAUGAUAUGAAGAGGUUGUUCUUAGCGAAGUUUUUCCCAGCAUCCCGAACCACAGCUAUCAGAAAAGACAUAACGGGGAUUAGGCAGCUUGGUGGAGAGAGCUUAUAUGAGUAUUGGGAGAGAUUCAAGAAGCUUUGUGAAAGUUGUCCUCACCAUCAGAUACUAGAGCAACUCCUUCUCCAGUAUUUUUAUGAAGGUCUCAACAACAUGGAUAGGAGUAUGAUUAAUGCUACCAGUGGUGGAGCACUAGGAGAUAUGACGUCUACUGAAGCCAAGCACUUGAUUGAGAAGAUGGCUUCCAACUCCCAAAAGUUUAGCACCACAAGUGACACUAUUGUGGUGAAGGGAGUACAUGAUAUUGCUACCCAGUCUUCAUCAUCUGCUGAUAGGAAAUUGGAAAGCAAGCUUGAUUCUCUUGCGAAUUUGGUGGCACAGAUGGCUUCAAAUCAGAGACCAGCAUCUCUAUUUGCAUCUGUUACACGAUUGUGUGGUAUAUGUCUUUCCAGUGAUCACCAUACAGAUGACAGCCCUGCUUUGCAACAACCUAUUGGCCAUGAUGCACCUCCAGCCUAUGCUGCAAAAAUACAAACCAACAGGCAACCACAACAACAAAAUUAUGACUUUUCCAACAACAGAUAUAACCCAGGGUGGAAGAAUCACCCAAAUCUUAGAUGGCCCAAUAAUUCACUUAAGUAG